ACGCCCUUAUUGGUUUGUGACAAUGAUCGUGUCGAGAUUCUUUAGCUUGACAAUGAAAGUGCCGUCUUUGCUUUUAAAUACCCUCAUUGAAAGAAAUGUCAGAAAGCAACCAGACACUCAUUCAGCAAUUCUAUGUUUCAUUUCAGGCUUCACGUUCUGGUCUGGUCUGGUCUCCUAUCCAGUUAGGCGAUUUCUAAAGAGACGUCGCUCUUUGCCCUCUAUAGAACUAUCGUCUCGUCUGGACCAUCUGAAGUCUCAAGGUCCUGCUUCCCUAGAUGCUUUGAACGAGCUUGCGCUGGAAAUUGCAAAGCUUAGGAAAGAGCUUACCGAUGCUACUGCAUAUCUUCCCUCGUAUGAUCAGCGUCAAUACGAGACACAUCUGAAGACGUUCGAACAAUCACUGGUAGAACUGCGUUCUUCUUCCGUUUCGAAACCCAAGUUUUCCUUCAAGCGCAAGCAGGCUGCUCAGUCUGGAUCAUCUAGUCCUCAGCCUGCCAAAGGCGUUCCCCAAUCAACGUCAGUACCACCACCAAUAUCAGCAGCUUCUCAGUCCAAUGGCCGGAUUCUGUCUAAUCUCUCUAAUGAAUAUCUGACGUCAUCCUCUAUCCCCUCCUCUACCUCGAGUGGUGACCUGACCAUCUCUAACCUUGAUAACUGUGUCGUUAAUCUCGUCUCAACACCAAAUGGCUCGCCGGGCUCCAAUCAAGAACCGAAGAUCACCGCCCUGCAUGUUCGAGAUAUCUCGAACAGUAUCCUCCUCUUUCCACCCAACAUUGAUGGCAGCGCGAUGCUACAUAAUCUGUCUAGAUGCAUCAUCGUUCUUGGAUGCCACCAGUUUCGUAUGCAUUCCUCAUCGCACGUCAACGUCUAUCUAGCGAUAUCCUCGAACCCCAUCAUAGAGCAUUGCUCCGAUAUCACUUUCACUGGAUACCCAUUCUCCCUUUUCAACGACUCAGAUGCAGAAAAGGAUAUUCUUACUUCCAACAAACACCUAUCAGUCCAAGACUUUUCCCACAUACGUCCAAGCCAAUCCCCAAACUGGCGUAUACUGCCGGAUUCCGAGAGAGUACCAGAGGGUGGUUGGCCUCACAGUAAGGAUGUAGACCUUAGAGCUACGCUCAGUCGACUACUGCCUACCUGAAAGUCAACUGUAUGUGCACUUCAUUAUCACAUCGCUUUGUCAUUUCAUGUCAAGCAUCGGCGUGCAAAUCAAUUAAUGCUGGUCAUCGCACGCCGUGUGGGAGUUGGUAAAGCAAUGUGCCUCUGUCCUGUUCGACUUACUGCUCUACAGCUUCGGCCUUACAAUGGAGCUGGCUGGCCGUUGCUAUAUUUCCUCGUUGUCUUGAGCUGGACAAGAAGAUGAACGAAACCUGUGCUGUUCAAAAGAAGGAUCGGUUGAAGCUGUGCUUCUACCUCGGCAAUAGUUUCGAUUAAAGCCUGAAGGCCUGA